AUGGAUCGCUCCCUCCUGUGUACCACCUCUUCUCCGUCUUCUUCGCCUUAUCUAGCUGCCCAGUUCGGUCCAUACGUCGGCCGGAAUCCCCUCUUCCUCAGCUUGCCAGUCAAGGGCGGACGGGUGCGCUACCGUGUAUCUCUGGUUCGAAACUCGGCUUCUUCCGAGGCAGCGGAGGAAAAGGUGACGCCAUCGAGCUCGUCCGUCUUCGGAGGCAAAAGGGAACUCUCGGGUGUGCAGAUCGUCGCCGAUGGACUGCCCCCUCCGGUGAGGUUGGCGAGCUCUGUUGUAAUUGUCGCUGGCGCUCUCGCUGCCGGGUACGGUCUUGGGCUGCGGUUUGGGGGCAGCCGGACCAUUGGUCUAGGGGCUGCCGCUGUGGUGGGAGCAGCCGGUAGUGCUGCGGCGUACGCCUUGAAUGCGUGCGUUCCAGAGGUGGCCGCCGUGAAUUUGCACAACCUUGUGGCAGGCCACGACGACCCGACGACCUUGAGAAAGGAGGACGUAGAAGAAUUGGCCAGAAGGUUGGUUUUUCUUCCUCUCUGGGCUCAUUUCCUAUUCUCAGGCUUCAAAAGUUUCAUCUUUGUCGGGUGAGAAUGUUUUCAUUCUGAUCUAAAUGCAUGGAGCUUUAGUCAGGAAUUAGGGGGAGCCGUCACACCUAAUGCUGUUGUCUAGUAGGUGGGAUGGAUCUAUCGUCUCGAUUGGCAUCGCUAGGAUGCCAUCAGAGUCGUGCGCUCCAUUGAUAUGAAUUGAUUUUUCGGUAGUUUGCUUCGGUCUGUUCGGUAUCUUUCCCCUGGUAACUUAUGUUUACACAGAUAGGUGCCAUCUGUUCUGUUAUAUUACAUCUGACCCGCAGGCGUUCUCUGUGUUAAUUAUUCAGGUACGGUGUCAGCAAGGAAGAUGAUGCCUUCAAGUCAGAGCUCUGCGACUUGUACAGUCGGUAAGUAGUAAACUUAUCAUGUAAUAGCGAGAAUCGAGGCAUUGGCCCACUAGAUUGCAGGCAUAAAUGUUUCUCACUUAUUUUGGAGACAUUGUUCUUACCAUGAUUCGUGUUUUUUUUUUUUUCCUCUGGAUUCAGGUUUGUGAUUUCAGUUCUUCCGCCAGGAGGUGAAAAUCUCCGGGGUCAUGAGGCUGAAACGAUCCUUAAAUUCAAAGAUGCUCUUGGGAUUGACGACCCAGACGCAGCAACUGUUCAUGUCGAGGUAUUAUUUUUUUCUCUUUUUUUUCCUCCCUUUUCCAAUGCCCCUUUCCUUUUUUAUUCUGCCUGUUGUGUUCCUUAAAGAAAUAGGAUAAUUAAUCGGACACAUCUCUAACUUAAUUAAAAAAUUAUGUAAAUCCAAUUCUUACCCGCGCCAAAAAGCACUUCUUAUUUGGGAUCUUCCCUUGCUUAUUUGUGGAAGUGACAUCUCAUUUUAAGCAAGUAUUCAUUUUUUUCAUUACGAUGUUCUUGUUCUGUCUCGUAGAUUGGAAGGCGUAUUUUCAGGCAAAGGUUGGAAGCUGGUGAUCGUGAUGAUGAUGUAGAACAGCGUCGGGUCUGUUUCUUCCUUAUGAUUAUGCUCUUAGAUGGUGUGCGGCAUUAGAUUAACGCAUAACUCAUCCGAAGAAGAAAACUCUGCUCAUUGUUAUUUCGAAUACAGGCAUUUCAGAAGCUCAUAUACGUCUCCACACUUGUAUUUGGAGACGCAUCAAAAUUCCUUCUGCCUUGGAAACGUGUUUUCAAAGUAACUGAUUCUCAGGUAUUUUUCAAACAGAUCUAUGUUUUCUAAACAUCAAUUUUUAUGGCUGUGAGUAUUUGGCAUCUAAGUGGACUUGUAGUUGAUUUUUUUGAUAUUUUUACCUCCCGCUUUGAAGCUUAAGUCCUGUUUUACAAAGGUAUUAAAGAUGGUUUUAUGAAGGAAAUAUAUACUAUUUUUCCCCUCCCAUCAGCAUACUGUGUCAUGGCUGUCUAAUCAGAUAAUCACCGAGCAAAACCCAGCUCUCAUGUAUUAGAAAGAAGCAUUGUGGAACCAUGCUUAAAACUAGAGUGCUGCAGUGCUGGGCACUGCCCAGCAUCUCUCCUUCUCCCCAUCUCUGUUAAUUAUUCCCCUUCUCUGAUGCAAAAUUUUGUUUCUUUCGGCUUUUAUAGCUUCUUUAUACGCGAAAAAGUGGUUUUUUGUUAUACUUGCGUUUAAUAGACUGCAACCUUUUUUUUUCAUACCUUAUCUUCAUGGUAGUCCAAUGAUUGUAAGCUAUGACUUGUCUGUUAGGUGGAUGUUGCGAUUCGAGAUAAUGCUCAGAGGCUUUACUCUUACAAGCUAAAUUUAAUUGGAAGAGGUGACAUGCAUUUUCAGUAAAUUUUACCUUUCUCAUUCGAACAUUAGUCAGCUGAUUUAGACCUUUGCACGGUAUAUUAUUUCAUAAAUGAAUCGGCAUGGUAUAUGUGCCAGUACCAUAUCUUGAAAAAUGAAACGGUAAGCUUGGUGUUUUUUCAAGACUUAUCACGGUAAGAACACAAUUUUUUCAUCCUCAUUUACCUAUAAGUCAUCCAUCUUUCAGACAUUGAUGGAACGCAACUUAUCAACUUGAGGCAAACACAGCUUCUUUACCGGCUCUCUGAUGAGGUUUAUCCUUCUGAAUACCAAUCCUUUGUCAUUUCGACAUUUCUCAUCUCAUAUUACUGAAUGCAUUUGGUUUCUUUUCUUAUGUGAUGAAACUUGUUCACAUGCAGAUUGCCGGUGAAAUGUUUAGAGAGCAUACAAGAAAAUUAGCUGAAGUGAACAUCUCAUCAGCUCUGGAUAUCUUGAAGUCACGUACAAGAGCGACGUAUGUUAUAUUCACGUGAAUAUUAAUCGUUUGAUGUUUUGUUUCUCUGAUUACUAACAUACUGGACUCUUGCCAGUAGAGGAUUGGGACAAGUUAUUGAGGAACUCGAAAAAGUUUUAGCGUUCAAUGAUUCUCUUUCAUCAUUGAAAAAACAUGCUGACGCUGCACAGUUUGCCCCGGGGGUCGGUCCAAUUUCUUUAUUAGGUAGUUCAAAAAAUCGAAUACUCUUUAUUUAUUCUGCAAAAUAAAUCGAAGAGCAUUGAUUUUUUAUCUCUGUGAUUUGAUUCAGGUGGGGACUAUGAUGGUGAUAGAAAGAUUGAUGACCUGAAACUCCUCUAUAGAGCAUAUGCAUCCGAAGCUCUUUCUGAUGGACACCUGCAGGACAGUGCGGUGGGUGUUAAAUUGUUUAAACACACAUACAGCUUGUUUCCAAUUUUUAGUACUUUCUGAAACCAGUCAUCUACCAUAUGGACUUCCAGAAAACUGAAUUCACUUUUUAAGGGACGAGAAUAUCGAUGUUGUGCUUCACAUAUUUCUGAAGAAUUAUGGCGAGAACUAUGAUAUUAAAUUUUCCCUUAAGCUUGCCACUCUCGUUUAAACUUGGACUUACAAUUUUCCGAGAUGAUGGUUGCUAGAGCAUUGAUUGCCAGCAUGAACAGAUUACAUUUAAUGGGGCAUUUUCUGUUUGCAGAAGAAAUGCUGUUGGAUUUUAAAUCGACGACUUGUUGUUUAGAUAAGUAUUUGGUUUCCCAUGGAUUAUCUAGGAAAAUACGCUUUUUUUUCCUGGCUAAAUAUUGAAGCGGGAAUAUAGAAAUGAUCAACAACAUCUUUACUACAUGCAAGACGACUGGGUGGUAACAUUUUGUUACAAUGGUUCUAAUGGAUGCUGCUGUUUACACUAUUUAUCUUGAAGGAAUGGCAUGUUUUUCCACUGUAGCCGUCAUCUCCCUGUACUAGCCCAGAAGAACGAGUCCCCGUUUGAAUUUGACCUCUUAGUUGCUUUAUCAUUUUGACUUUCUUUUGACUAAUUAAUUUGAUAGUCCGCCGAGGCCUGAUAAAUAUAUUUAUUGUUGUCUGAAAGCUCAGGGUGUUGCCAAGGAUUUUUUUUUCCCCCCUUCUGAAGCCAUUUAUUUGCCUUCUUGAAGUCUAAGCUCCUUACCUUUGCCCAGUGACAGUUCCACUGAAAUUGGUCAAAUUCUAUUGCUUGGAGGAUAUUUCUGCAAAAAGAAGACAAGGAUGAAGAAACGAACCCACAUUAUUAACUUGGUCAAAUGUUGUCCUUUUAAAACCUUGAUACCUUGAUUUUUAUUUUUUUAUUUUUGCCUGUGGCUUGGUAUUUAUGCUUUAACAAUCUGAUGCAUUGGAUGUGGUGAAUAUUUCUCGGCAAUGCAUUGACGUUCACGGACGAUCAUUUAUAAAAUAUUUUCAUAUCGAUUUUCUGGUAACACACGAUAUUACAGCUGUGUUUUCCAUCUGGCUGUUCGAUUAUCUUCUGUGCGAUGCUUUCCAAAAAAAUUCUUAAAGAAAUUAGUCUCAUCUGAGCUCGUAUAAAUAUGGAAUAUUCACAUUCAUUAUGUUUAUGUUGUCACUUAUCCUGAGGAAUUGACGAAAGGUAAUGCAUUUCCCCGAAUAGGAUCAGAUGAUUUAGCUUGUUUUUGGUUCUUGUUGUGGUGCGUAUUAUUUAUUCGUUCAUCCCUGUUUUGGUGGUUGAACUUCAAUGCGUGUUUGCCUCUCAAUGUUUGUAGAUUUCGGCUUUGGCUCAGCUGAGAAACAUAUUUGGGUUGGGCAAGCGCGAGGUUGAAACUAUUAUGGUAGAUAUUACGUCCAAGGCCUACAGGAAGCGACUUUCACAAGCUGUCACCAGUGGCAGCUUGGAAGCUGCUCCGAGCAAAGCAGCUUUCCUCCAGACCCUUUGUGAUGAGUUGCGCUUUGACCCCCAGAAGGCUAGUGAGAUUCAUCAAGGUAUGUUGGAACCUAAAACUUUGUUAAAUCUUUACAAAGUCUUUGACCACUUUAUGUGAACUUCCUGCGAGUCACUGUGAAAGUCAACCAACCUGAAUAUCAUGUCCACUAUUGCCAUCUUCUUUCAUUUACUUCUUGCAUCGUUGACUAGAAUUGCUGUCUUCUUUUCAUAUGGCACUAAUCUAAAAUAAUAUCCAACUUUUCUUAAUGUAGUCUGGCACCGAGAUCUACGACCCAAUCUGUUUGCAGCUGCCCAUCGUUUCUACCCACCUCUUGUUCAGCAUCAUUGCCCAUUUUUCGUAGAAAUCUUCUGAUGAACUUGUCUAGUCCGAUGGUAAUUCAAGUUAGCUCAUAAUUUUAUUUUUUUUCCACCGGAUUCAAGAAGUCAGGAGGAAAUAUGAUCAGCCCAUGAAGUAUUCUUGUGGAUUUAAGCGGUAGAGACAAUCGGUUUCCUGGAUGGUUUUGGUGAUCAGCUCAUCGAAAGAUUCCAGUAUGUAGUAAUGGAGAAAAUGGAUGAAACCAUCUACCUUGCCAGAAAUCCACAGUCUACUGAAUUUUAUAAGUAAAGUGGAACACUUCCGCGGAGUGAACCUGUUUCAGAUGUAGUUUUAUGGAGCCAUUUUUGAUCAUGGGAUGUAAUCCUAAAACGCGGUAGAAUGAUGCUAUCAGGUGCUCUAAGCCACGCAUGUUGCACUCGCUUCUGCUUUUCAGAUCAUUGUGACCUUUGGAUGCUUAUUACUGUGUCGAAAAUGACCCACGCUUGAGUUAUUUCCAGAAAUUUAUAGGCAUAAGCUGCAGCAGUGUGUGGCUGAUAAGGAGCUUGGUGAGGAGGACGUUGCCGCAUUGCUUCGACUGCGUGUCAUGCUUUGCAUUCCCCAAGAAACUGUCGAUGCUGCCCAUGCCGACAUAUGUGGCACCUUGUUUGAGAAGGUCAGUGGUUAAUACGGUGCAUAAUUCUGUCAUUUUUUAGCUCUGGGAGGGAUAAUUUAUAUGCAGAUUAAAAAAAAAUGAUGGUUUAUUAUACGUACAAAAAAGGCUUGUUUUUUCUCCGUCAGGAAGGUGUUCUUCGGGUAUUCCCCAUUUGGAACGUUGAGAUUCAAGUUCUCCGGUUCCUUUUCCUUCAAUGAUGCCUUCUCUGUGCGUUGACUUGCAGGUUGUGAAGGACGCGGUUGCCUCUGGCGUUGAGGGAUACGACGCUGACAUCAGAGCCUCCGUGAGGAAGGCCUCUCAAGGCCUGCGGCUGACGAAAGAUGCCGCCAUGGCCAUUGCCAGCAAAGCUGUACGAUUCUUUUCCCUGCCAGAUGCUGCUCGGAGACUCGGGCCUUCCCUUUGUGAUUUGAUUAUUCUGGUAAAAAAGAGGAUUUUUAUAUUACCUUGGAUCUGAUCGCGACCCAUGAAAUGGGUUAUCUGCAGGUGCGGAAGGUGUUCUUGAACUACGUACAGCGUUCCAGAGGGGCCGGGAAUCGCAUUGAGUCUGCCAGAGAAUUGAAGAAGAUGAUUGCAUUCAAUACGCUGGUCGUCACCGAGCUCGUCGCUGAUAUCAAGGGAGAGGCCCCUGCGCCGCCGCCAGAACCAGAGCCCGCUGAAGAGCCUCCCAAGCAGAUUGAGGAAGAAGAAGAAGAGUGGGAGUCCCUGCAGACACUGAGAAAGACCAGACCCAGCAAGGAGCUCGAGGCUAAGCUGGGAAAGCCCGGCCAGACAGAGAUCAAUCUCAAGGACGACCUGCCAGAGAGGGACAGGACGGAUCUCUACAGGACAUACUUACUGUUCUGUCUCUCAGGGGAGGUCACUGUGGUUCCGUUUGGGGCCCAGAUCACCACCAAGAAGGACAAUUCGGAGUAUCUUCUUCUGAAUCAGCUUGGGGGAAUUCUUGGGUUGACUGGUAAAGAGAUCGUGGAGAUCCACAGGAGCUUGGCCGAGCAGGCGUUUAUGAAGCAGGCGGAGGUCAUCCUCGCCGACGGGCAGCUGACCAAGGCCAGGAUCGAUCAGCUGACCGAGGUGCAGAAGCAGGUGGGCCUGCCGGGAGAGUACGCGCAGAAGGUCAUCAAGAACAUUACUACGACGAAGAUGGCGGCCGCCAUUGAAACGGCCGUCAGUCAGGGGAGGAUCGGCAUCCAGCAGGUGAGGGAGCUCAAGGAGGCGAGCGUUGAUCUUGACAGCAUGAUCUCGGAGCGCCUGCGGGAGAAUCUCUUCAAGAAGACGGUGGAUGAAAUCUUCUCCUCGGGCACCGGGGAGUUUGACGAGGAGGAGGUCUACGAGAAGAUUCCCAGUGACCUGAACAUCAACGCCGACAAGGCCAGAGAGGUUGUUCACGAGCUCGCGAGGAUCAGGCUCUCCAACUCUCUGGUUCAGGCCGUGUCGCUGCUUCGGCAGCGGAAUCGGGACGGAGUGGUGCGUCGUUCAUUCCCAAAUCGAGCAUUUCGGAUAGGAAAAUUAGGCUUCGUCAUACCUCGGGGAGGAAUUGACAUCGAUGGCGAUUCUCUCUUGCAGGCGUCCUCCCUGAACGACAUGCUCGCCUGCGACCGGGCCGUCCCCUCGGAGCCGCUCUCCUGGUCUUCACCAGAGGAGCUGGCCGACCUCUACUGCCUUUACCUGAAGAGCAUCCCCAAGCCGGAGAAGCUCUCCCGCCUGCAGUAUCUGCUCGGCAUCUCCGACGACACCGCGGCGGCUCUGCGGGACGCGGCGGAGCGCGGCGGACUCCCCCUGGCGAGCGAGGAGGAAGAGUUCGCCUUCUAG